CUCACUCCAUAUUUUCAUUAUUUCUCCAAAAAAUAAUGUCCAAUUAUCAUGUUGCUGUUCUAGCAUUCCCUUUUGCAACACAUGCUGGCCUUUUACAUGGACUUGUCCAAAGGCUAGCAAAUACAUUACCUAAUGUAACAUUCACAUUUUUCAACACCUCCAAAUCAAAUUCUUUAAUUUUCUCCAAUCAAACCGACCCACAUUGUACUAAUCUUAAGCCCUUCGAUAUCUCCGAUGGCGUACCCGAGGGAUACGCGAUCGGAGAAGGAGGAAUCGAGGAGCUUAUAGGGUUAUUUUUUAAAUCCGCGAAAAAUAAUUUUCAGAAUGCUAUAUCAGCUGCUGAGGAUGAAACGGGAAAAAAAAUUACGUGCGUUUUCGCGGAUGCGUUUAUAUGGUUUUCCGGUGAGAUUGCGGAGGAAUUAGGCGUUGAUUGGAUUCCUGUUUGGACUUCUGCGGCAGGAUCACUGUCUGUUCAUAUUUACACUGAUUUUAUUAGAGAAAAUGUUGGGGUUCAAGGAAUUGCUGGACGUGAAGAUGAAAUGUUAACAUUCAUUCCUGGAUUUUCUGAAUUAAGGCUUGGUGAUUUGCCUAGUGGAGUUAUAUUUGGAGAUUUAAAAUCACCAUUUUCUAAAAUGCUUCACAAAAUGGGCAAAACCAUAACAAAAGCCAAUGCCUUACCAAUAAAUUCCUUUGAAGAAUUAGACCCUCCAAUUGUUGAAAAUCUCAAGUCCAAAUUCAAUAAUUUUCUUAAUGUUGGUCCUUUUAACUUAACCUCCCCACCACCCUCAGCAAAUAUUAUAGACAAAAAUGGUUGUAUUGAAUGGCUAGAUAAUCAAGAACCAAAUUCUGUGGCUUAUAUUGGAUUUGGCACAGUUGCAACACCACCACCUAAUGAGUUAAAAUCUAUGGCUGAAGCACUUGAAGAAAGUAAGACACCUUUUCUUUGGUCAAUUAAAGAUGAUUUUAUAUCACAUUUUCCAAAAGAAUUUUUGGAAAAUACAAGUGAGUAUGGUAAAAUUGUAACAUGGGCCCCACAAGUACAAGUUCUUGAACAUAGUUCAAUUGGGGUUUUUAUAAAUCAUAGUGGAUGGAAUUCUGUGUUGGAAAGUAUAGCUUCUGGUGUGCCAAUAAUUUGUAGGCCAUUUUUUGGAGACCAUCAUUUGAAUUCUUGGAUGGUUGAAAAAGUGUGGAAAAUUGGAGUGAAAAUUGAAGGUGGGGUUUUUACUAAAAGUGGUACAAUGGUUGCACUUGACUUGGUUUUAUCAAAAAAUAGAGAGAAAUUGAAGCAACAAAUUGGUAUAUAUAAAGAUCUUGCUCUCAAGGCUGUUGGACCAAGUGGGAGUUCAACUGAAAAUUUCAAGAAAUUGGUUGAGAUUAUCACCUCUAGCAAUUGAAAUUAUCCCCUUGAAAGGAAAUUCAAUGAUUUAUUACUAUGUGUUUGUAAUAAAUUAAUUCCAUUUUAGUUUUUCAUUUAUUAUCUUUAAUGGAUCAUCAAUACUAAUCCGUGUGACAUCAUUUUCCUUUCUUUGGAAUCCCUGACCUUCUAAUCAUACGACAACUCGCUUAUAUUUCCAUUUCA